CUUCCUCUGACGUUUAUGUCAAAAUCGAGUAAGUCAAAGAUGUUAGCAACCAGCAGGACGUAAACAAAUGUUCUUAGUUUCGUCGGUUCUACAUCGAUAUUUCCUGGCUUUUCUCGAAAUCUCACAUCUUCCCCCUGUCCGAAUUGUGAAUAAUUUAAAAUUACGACCGAACGACUUUCCCGAGCACCAGAGUCCGCUAAGGAGGAGAGAAUGGUUGGACUGAUCGAUGACUCGUUUAAACAAUUUCCUCUGAACUCCAGGAUCAGGUCCUUGGGCGAUUACGGGACCGUUCGUUACGUUGGCGAGGUUCGCAACUACAAUGGCCUUUGGAUCGGUGUUGAGUGGGACGACCCGCACCGAGGGAAGCACGACGGCAGCAUAAACGGGGUCCGGUAUUUCCAAACUGCCCACUCCACUUCCGGUUCCAUGAUCCGUCCGGAGAAGGCUGAAAAGUUCCAGUCAUUGCAAGAUGCCGUGCGGGAGAGAUAUUUGCAGAGCGACGGGGAUGACGCGUUGGAUGCUGAGCUCCUGAAGGAGACGCAGUCCCAGCUGCACGCACCUUUGUUCGAAAUCGUGGGAAUGGACAAGGUUGCCAAGCGACAGAGCAAUCCCGACAAACUCAAGGACGUUUCGGUCGCCAUUUCGACGGUCAAUACUGCUGGUGACCUCAGUUCGCUCACGUGCUUGACCACUUUGAACAUUUCUUCGACUCUCGUUUGGAACUGGCAAAUUGUCGCCGAGAUUGCGAUGCAGAUUCCAACUCUUUUCAGUUUGAAUUUGAGUUCGAACAAGCUAAUUUUACCAUCAGAAGAGGACAUAAAAAAUUUGGAACCCCAUUUUCGUCAUAUAACCUACAUUGACUUAUCAAAGAACGGCUUAAAGGACUGGCGGGAUGUAUUGCACGUUGCACAGCUGUGGCCAAACAUUGAGCAGUUAUCGCUUCAGGAGAAUGGAAUUGAAGAUAUUCUGCCCGCGGACUGUAUGAAAGUCUUUAAGAAUUUAAGGGAAUUACAUUUAUCCUUUAAUAAAUUGUCGAAUUUCGUCCAAAUUUGUAAGCUAGGAAAUAUCAAAACUUUAGAAAGACUUUUCUUAGUGAAUAACAAUAUUGAAAAUGUUGAGCUGCCCGACUGUGAUUAUAAUGAAAAAGUGGAUAUUUUCCCAGCACUCAAUGCGCUUAAUUUGUGUGACAAUCCGAUAAGUGAUUCUAGUGAUAUUUUCAAUGAAUUGGACAAACUGCCUAUGCUGAAAAAUUUGUGUAAGACCCCGAAGGAGACGGGCGGUUUUGAUGAUAUGUUCACCCUGGCUGUCGCAUCAAUUUCACAAUUGCAGAAAUUGAGUAAAGCAGAAAUACCAAAAGAAGAACGACGUGGUGCCGAGUACGAAAUCUGGAGAAAGCACGCGAAAGAAUGGCUACAAACCGAAAACGAUCCGAAAGCUAGAAAAGAGUUCUGUAAAGCUCACAGGAGUUAUCCGAAUUUAGUAAAAAAAUACGGUUCGCCGGUUGACUUUCUGCCUAAAUCCGAAAAGAAAGCAUCCACUCUUGUAAAAGUGCGAAUAUUAAACCAAGCAACGGGUGAGACUUUCGAAAAGAAGGUUCCACGACAAAUGUCGCUACAGGCGUUGCUCGGAUUGAUCAUAAAACGCUUUCAUCUUGCGGGCGACAUGCCCAAGUUAAGUUACAAAGAUGCUCAGCAUCCAACGUUGAUUGUUCCACUUGAGAACAUGUCGAAGAAUUUGGAUUUUUAUUCGAUACAAGACGGUGAUACAGUUGUUGUAGAAUAAAUAAUUUUUAUGCAGUUCUAAUGAUUGAAGCAAAACAAUGAGAUUGUAAUGAUGACAGCAAGGAUAAUGAUAGACAAUAAGAGUCUAGGGUAGAGUUGUAAACUUACGGAGAAUCUAAUACGCAUCAAAUCAUAUUUUUUUUAGUUAGAACUAAUGCGCUGCAUUUAUACAUGUAUGCAAUCUACUAAAUAUUCAAGUGUCUUGAUGUUUAACGAAAUUUAUUAUUUCCUUUUAUUUAUGCUAACAUUAUAUUUACAAUAAAUGAAUUUUUCGCA